CUCUUGCCGUCCGGUUCCUCACUCGACGCUUCAUUGGAGAGUACAGCCAUAUUGAAACCAUUUACACUCACAACGUGACCAUCGACGGUGCGGAGACUCGCUUCCAUGUUUGGGACUCUCCGAACCCCCAGUGCCGCGGGGCGAUGGCCCACCCGAGCGAGCAGCAGAUGCGCUGGGCCGACGGUUUCGUCCUCGUCUACAGCAUCCUCGACAGGCGGAGCUUCGAGGUGGCGCGGUGGCAGCUGGCGUGGCUCCAUCGGGAGGCAGGCAGCGCCCGGGCCCCCGUGGUGCUGGUGGCCAACAAGACUGACCUGUGCCACCGGCGGGUGGUCUCGGUGGAGGAAGGGCGCCUCCUGGCGCUGGGCAGCGGCUGCGCCUUCCUGGAAGUCUCGGUGGCCGAGAGCUACCACACGGUCGCCCUGGCCUUCCAACAGCUGAUGGCAAUGGUGCAGGGGUCCAGGGCAGUGCCCAAACGGGCAGCGGGGCUACGGGGCAUCGUUCGCAGCAUGUCUGCCGUGUUCGGGGGCAAGCGCCGAGUGGACUAA